ACAAAUAGUAUGGGGGAGAAAUGACUCCCUUUCUUCUUCCCUUUGUUGUUGUAUCCCCAGUAGCAGAGACUUGGAAGAUCUGAAGAAACCCUUUUUCAGAAAUGGUUUAACGAGUUGCCUCCUGUCUUCCUCAGGAAGCUCUUGUCCUUCACUGUUAAAAAUUUUUCAGUUUAGGGUUUUGGUGCACUCAUGACUUGCUCUUUUUUUUGACUUUUUUUUUUUUUUGGCUUUUCAAAGCAGAAGAUUGCUUUGGUUUUUAGCAUUACGAAGUAUACUAUUGUCUGGAAUUGCUUUGGAGUUGUAAAAUAUAUCGUUGUUUGGUGCUUACUGAGCACAGUUAAUGGCAAAUAUGUUGCUCAGAAUGAUAUGUAAUGAGGCUAAUAGGGCUGCUAGCCUUGCCUUCUCAAGGCUACCGAGAAGAUCCUUGUCAGUUUCAAGCAAAACCCUUAUUGACGCGGCUGCUAAAGAAGGGGAGUUAAGGGUCUUUUUGGUUGCUGGAGAAGUCUCUGGAGAUUGCAUUGGUUCUCGUCUCAUGUCGUCUCUGAAAAAGCUUUCUCCUUUUCCUAUCCGAUUCGCAGGUGUUGGAGGGUCAAUGAUGUCCGGGCAAGGAUUGAAAUCUCUGUUCCCUAUGGAGGAAAUUGCAGUUAUGGGGAUCUGGGAAUUAUUGCCACAUCUAAAUACAAUCAGGGUUAAGCUAAAGGAAACAGUGGAGGCUGUGGGUCUGUUUCAGCCUCAUGUUGUAGUGACAGUAGACUCGAAGGGAUUCUCUUUUCGUCUGCUAAGGCAGUUACGAGCUAAAUAUGGUCAGCAAGGAUUGGCUAGUCCUGUACAUGUUCAUUAUGUGGCACCGUCAUUCUGGGCAUGGAAAGGGGGUGAAACAAGACUCAAAGGGUUAACUGAGUUUGUGGACCAUGUCUUGUGCAUACUUCCAUUUGAGGAAGAAGUUUGCAGAUCGAAUGGACUUGAUGCAACUUUUGUGGGCCAUCCUGUACUAGAAGAUAUUCUGGAGUUUAAUAUGGGAAAAGAUGGUUCACCAAAUGAAUGUAAGGUGCAAGGAAAUUGCGAAGACUUCCGAAGAAAAUAUGGAAUACCUUCAGGAGCCACCGUCAUUACUUUACUUCCUGGAAGCAGAUUGCAAGAGGUGACCCGCAUGCUUUCCAUCUUCUCAAACACAGUGGAGCUAUUAAAAGACUCCUUUUCUGAGUUGACAAUAAUAAUCCAUGUUGCACCUAAUAAGCUUGUGGAGAACUACAUCAAUGGAGCUGUUAAUAAGUGGCCUGUGUCUGUUAAAUUGAUUCCGGGAGGAUCGCACCUGAAAUACAAUGCGUUCUGUGCAAGCAGGGUUGCUUUAUGUACAUCUGGAACGGUUGCGGUUGAGUUGCAGCUUGCCCGAUUACCAUGUGUGGUUGCUUAUCGGGCUCAUUUCCUAACUGAAAUGUUUGUCCGUUUUAAAGCAAAGAUACCAUUUAUCUCCCUCCCAAAUAUCCUUUUGAAUUCUGCUAUUAUUCCUGAAGCUCUGUUCGAGGCAUGCACACCUGCAAGAUUAUCCUCGUUGCUCAGGGAACUAAUACAGAAUGAAGAUCUUAGAGCAGAACAGAUAAUUGCGGCGGAAAAGGUUUUGGAACUUCUACAUCCACCACCAACAAUCUACUCUGGGCAGCAGGAUUUGAAGUUGAAGUUUCUUGAUAACACCCCGAGUAUGGUUGCAGCUUCCACCAUUCUGUACUCUGGGAAGUCCUGAUCAUUAUUGUAAUCAAAACCUUUCCUGCAGAUGUUUAGAACCCUGUCCCUGUGGCAAUUGAGAACUGGUAAGAUAUGGUCUUUUGUGAUGUGAAACCUGUGGGAGAAGGUUUAAAAUUUCUCACCCAACGUGAUUUUAUAUCAGUAUAUUAUUUAUUGUUUUA